AUGAUGGCUGGGUUGCAAGUCGCAAAGAGGGACCUUCGCCGGAGGAUGCGGGAUGCUCUCCAGCAGAUCCCCCCCGACUCCAUUGCCAAUCAAUCCAGGAUCGCUACGAAUCAAUUACUCGCUCUCCAGGAAUAUCGGGAUGCGAAGAGGAUCGGGGUCUAUCUGUCCAUGCCAGCGGGUGAACUCUCUACAACUGCGAUAGUGCAGGAUGCCCUGGCCAAUGGCAAAGAAGUCUUCGUACCUUACAUACACAAUCUCGAGUUGUCGUCUCAGCCAAAGACAUCAGUCAUGGAUAUGUUGCUGCUUGAGUCGAUGGAUGAGUUCAGAUCGCUCGAGCCGGACAAGUGGGGAAUCCCAUCGCUCUCGCAAGCAAGUGUGCUUAACAAGAGGAACUGCUUCGGAGGCAAGGGAGUCUCACCCCAGCCCGAAGAUUCUACGCAGGGACCGUACGGGUUGGAUUUGAUUGUCAUGCCAGGAAUGGCGUUUGAUGAGGGAUUCAGAAGAUUAGGCCAUGGCAAAGGUUACUAUGAUCAUUUCCUGACAAGGUACUCCAAAGGUCCCGAGAGCACAACAACGGCACCGAAGCUGCCUCUACUAGUCGCGCUGGCUCUCAAAGAACAAGUGCUUGCUCCGACCGAAAAGAUCCCGGUUGCGGAUCACGACUGGCUAGUAGACGUCCUCAUGGUCGGCGAUGACCGGUGCCUCGUGCGCCAACGCUGA